AUGUUCAAGUGUAUUGUUCUAGUGGCUGCCCUGUUUGCUGUCGGAUUCGCCCAAUUUUAUGAGGACGGAAGUGAAUCUGGACUCGGAGGUUACGGAGGAAGUUACGGUGGUGAUAACAAGGAUGAUUACUACACCUAUCCUAAGUACAAGUACGAGUACGGUGUAAAGGAUCAUCACACUGGAGAUCAUAAAAGUCAGUGGGAGACUCGAGACGGCGAUGUUGUCAAAGGUGGAUACACUCUGCUCGAAGCCGAUGGUACUGAACGUAUAGUUGAGUACACAUCGGAUAAGAUCAAUGGUUUCCAGGCUUAUGUGAAAUCGGUGGGCCAUGCUCAUCACUGA